AAUCAGAGAUCGCCAGCCAGCCAGUCAACCGGACACCAUUCCCCCAGCGCACAAACACGUGAUUUCUGGUUUUGCUCUUCGUUCUCUUUCCAGCUCAUCGAGAACUAAAGCUAGCUGACACCACACCUUAAAGUUACUUAUGUAUUCUUUAUAUUAAGAGAAAGUAUGGAAUCAUCUGGUAAAAACAGACAAAUUGGUGUACGCUUGCAUUUAUCGUGACGGACCCCACGGCCUAGCCCCACGACCUGCACGCUUUGCCACAGGUUCGCCCGUGGAGACCCGCGGUGUGCCUGGCAGGGUCAUCGCGCUGAUGCUCUUCCUCCUCGUCCUGUUGCUCUACACGUGUUACUCGGCCUCCAUCGUCGUGCUCAUGCAGCGGACCUCCACCACUAUUAGGCACUACAGAGACUUAACCAGCUCCCAGAUGUCGGUCGGCGCUGUCGACAUCCCGUACAUCUGGCACUACAUGGUGCAAGAGGACGACCCGGUGCGCAAGCGCGUUUAUCUGGAGAAGAUGAUGGGGGGUGGCAAGAAGAAGCACAUGUACACCCUGAGCGAGGGUGUGCGCAAGGUGCGCAAUGAGUACUUCGGCUUCUUCGGAAUCGAGAAUCACCUCUACGCCGAAAUCAGCAGCACGUGGCAGGAGCACGAGAAGUGCGGGCUGGUGGAUAUUGGCCACGACUUUCUGCGCGUAAAAAACCCUCACUUCGCCAUCACUCGCGGAUCCCACAACGUGGACGCAUACAAAAUUAUGAUGCGACGCCUUGCCGAACGCGGCAUCUGGCACCGUAUGCUGCGCAGGUUCGUCCGCCAGAAGCCGGCGUGCGUCAGCUCGGCCGGCGUGUUCCAGUCCGUGUCCCUGACGGACGUCCGCGGCGCCUUCUACAUGUUCAUAGCCACCAUGGCCGCCUCCGUGCUCGUGUUCCUGUUGGAGCUGGCCGCGCACCGCCGACAGCUGCGCGUCAAGCGCAAGGCAGCGGCCGCACAGCGAAAGGCGUCGCCCGCCAACGCUCUGGACCGCGGCGGCCGACUCCUGCAGCAAGCACGAGCUUUCAUCGUGUACGAACGAGUCACAAACGAUAGCGAAUUGAGCAAACAAGUACAACCAGGGGCCUAACGAACGAGUGACGAGCAUUUGGCGAGCUAGUCACAGAGUUAGCAAAGUAGUGCUG